AUGAAGACAUAUAUGCCUGCAAAAGCACCAGAUUUCUCAUCCCCUGUUCAAGAUUCUUGCAAAAGCUUUCUUCUUGGAAACUUCAAUUUGACACCAUUUAAGAAUAAAAAAGUUGUACUAAAAUCACAAGAGAUGGAUUACUGCUGUUCAACACCAAAAAACAGUACCCAUUUGCCGAAAUUAAGUGGAGGUGAUGGAGGUUUAAGAAAUUGUGAUGAUGGGUUUUUGAGAGGGGAGAAGAUCAGAGGGAGCAUAAACGACACCGUUUGGGCUAACCAUUUGCGAAAAAAGUUGAGUUUUCAGAAACGAAAUAGCAAAACUACAAAACCUGGUGUUGCUUUCUCUGUCCUCACAUCUGAUAAUGGCAAAGAAACCAUGGUUGAGACACUGUCAGCACCAAUAUUUGAGCGACGGAGGGUUAACCCGAAAAAUGUGGCGGCGAUCAUCCUUGGCGGUGGUGCCGGAACUCAACUCUUCCCUCUUACCAGCAAAACCGCUACACCUGCUGUACCUGUGGGAGGAUGCUAUAGGCUUAUAGACAUCCCAAUGAGCAAUUGUAUAAACAGCACUAUAAACAAGAUCUUUGUUUUAACUCAGUUUAAUUCCGCUUCACUUAAUCGUCAUAUUGCUCGUACGUAUUUUGGCAAUGGUGUCAAUUUUGGAGAUGGUUUUGUGGAGGUGUUGGCUGCCACUCAAACUCCCGGUGAAGCAGGAAUGAAUUGGUUUCAAGGAACCGCGGAUGCUGUUAGACAGUUUACAUGGGUUUUUGAGGAUGCCAAGAACAAAGAUAUCGAAGAUAUACUAAUCUUAUCCGGUGAUCAUCUUUAUCGUAUGGACUAUUUGAACCUUUUGCAGAAUCACAUUGACAGAGACGCCGAUAUUACUGUUUCUUGUGUACCAGUGGGCGAAAGUAGAGCAGCUGAUUUUGGACUUUUAAAGUUCGAUAACAAAGGUCAAGUCAUUCAAUUUGCUGAAAAACCAAAAGACGACGAAUUGAAAGCCAUGCGAAUUGAUACGACUUUACUUGGAUUAUCACCGGAAGAUGCUAAAGAAUCUCCGUAUAUUGCUUCAAUGGGCGUUUACGUGUUCAAAAGAGAUAUUCUUUUGAAGCUUCUAAGAUGGAGGUACCCGACAUCUAAUGAUUUCGGAUCCGAAAUCCUUCCGGCUGCUGUACACGAACACAAUGUGCAAGCGUAUUUAUUCAGAGAUUAUUGGGAAGAUAUCGGAACAAUCAAAUCUUUUUAUGAUGCGAAUUUGGCGCUAACAGAUGAGGUACCCAAGUUUCAGUUUUAUGAUCCGAAGACUCCUUUUUUCACUUCUCCCAGGUUCUUGCCGCCAUCCAAAAUCGAAAAAAGCAAGUUAAAAAAUGCAAUUAUUUCACACGGUUGUUUCUUGAGAGAAUGCAACAUCGAACACUCGAUAGUGGGUGAAAGGUCACGUAUAGACUCGGGUGUCGAGCUCAAAGAUACGUUAAUGUUGGGAGCAGAUUAUUAUCAGACAGAAUCAGAGAUCGCUUCUUUACUAGCUUCCGGAAAGGUCCCGAUUGGGGUUGGAAGUAACACAAAAAUUAGAAACUGCAUCAUAGACAAGAAUGCAAAGAUCGGGAGUGAUGUAAAGAUCAUGAAUAAAGAUGGUGUACAAGAAGGUGACAGAGCAAAUGAAGGAUUCUAUAUAAGGUCUGGGAUUACAAUUAUAUUGGAGAAGGCUACAAUUAAUGAUGGCGUUGUUAUAUAACGGAUGAAUAGUAGUAAAGUACAAGUGAUGAUGCAAAGGGUACAUGUUUGCCCAACAUGUGACCAAGACCAAGAUGGGGUGCACCCCAUGGGUCAUGUGGGUUGAACCCUAAUGUUGGGGUAGGUGCACUAGUGGUUAUAACCAUACAAAGGCACAACAUCCCUUUUCUUGUAUUGUAUUUAUGACUAAUAAGGGUAUUAUUCACUUGUUAAAUAAUGAAACCUUUUUUUAAAGGUUGAAUGUAAUAUAUAACACCAAAAUUAUUUAUUUAUUUUUUGUACUUUAGCAUUGGAC